AUGGGAAACUAAUCUUUGAAGACGGCCUUUAAAGGUCAUUUGAAAAACGAAGUAGCAGAGGAAAUGACAUUCCACAUGAAUGCCGAGUUCCUCUUCGAAAACGCACUGAUCAAUCUCAUUUUUGAGAAGGUCAAGAAGGAAAAGAUCACGGGAGAGUUCGAGAUCGAGACAUGUCUUAAGGAGAACAACAACCAAGUCAACAAUCACUGCGAGGAUAUCCUCUCUAAGAAACUGAUUGCAGAAAUCCACUAGAACAUCACUGCUGGAUUCUCCUCUGCAGAAGCAAACAUUGACUAUCUAAAAGAACCAAACUUUGAGAAGUUCUUCACUGUGUACUGCCCUACUGAAGUAACUGAGUUCACUACUUUACAGCAAAAGAAAUUCUUCAUUCUCUACAACCUGUAUGUUGAGAAGUACAAGGAGUCCAAGAAAGAAGGAGCUGGCUUCUUCGACUUUGUGAGAAGAUUUUUUGAAGAGAAAAACACAAUGGAAGACAGCACUGAGGCACUUUAGUUGAGUCUCUAAGGAGGACUCAAGUUCUCUAUUCAUCUUUUGAAAGAAAUCCAAGGCUUAGCUCCUCAUAUCCUAAAAAGCUCUUUGGCUUAUCUUUACAACAGCUUUAGAAACGGAUCUCCACUAUCUCUUUAUGGAAUCGACAAAACUUUCUUUGUCUCAGAUCAAGCUAUUAAUGAAGCCAGGGAAUUCCUCACCACUAUAAUCGAGAAUCCUCUUGUAAAAGAUAUCGAAACCAAAGAACUAGCCUUAAAGAUGAUCUUGGUGGUAGGUAUCUUAAGAGCAAACGUCGAAGACUUCAUUUUGGGCAUCAAUCUGAUAGAAAAGCAUCAUUUUGCUUUUGACAUAUCUGAGGAAAUCAGCAGAAUUAACUUUGAUAUUGAGGAAAGUGCACUCAACCCUAGACUAUUCUAAGAGAUAGAAAAAGUCAAACAGGAUGCAAACCUAUUCUCUCUCUAAAACCAAGUACCUUCUGACAAGAGUAUGAGCCAAAACCUCGGAUUCACCACAGAUGGACAGUACUUUUACAUUCAUUACAAGAAGUAUGGACUCUAUAAGAUAGGAACUGGCGAAAAUGGAGAUCAAAUGAUUGGCAAGGUCUACGGGCACAAAAACUACAGAAUCAAUGAGAAAUGCAAAUUGCUAUACUUCAACGGAAAACUACUCUGCAGAUCAUCUACAGCAACUACUAAGGCCUUAUAUGUGAUUGAUCCAGUAUCUCUUGAUGAGACCAGAGAAAUACUCUUGACUGAUAAAGCUAAUCCUAUUAACCUUGAAUGGAAGGAUGAUAAGGAAAACAACAGAUUUAUGGGAGUUACACCACUCUUCACAGAUAGCAACUACAUUUAUGCUGUAUCUUACAAGAAACCCGAAAAAGAUGAUGAGGAAGAGGAAGAAAAGGAAGAGGGACAACAGGAAAAUCAGAAUUAGCAACAGCAAUAGCAAAUACCCAACUAAAAUCCAGCUGACCCAAAUGCUCCAAAGAAAAAAUCAGACGACCACAAUUAAUACUAAUAUGUAAUUGAAGUCUAUGAGCUUGGCAAGACUGACUUGAAACUUAAGCCAGUUAGAUAGAUUCCACUCUUGAAAGAUAAGGAGAAUCCAAUGAUAAAGCCAAAACUUAUUUUGAAAAGAGCAAGUUUUGUGACUAAUGGUAAGCUGGCUCUGAUGGUUUACAAAAGAAACAUGCACUUUUUCGAUCUAGCUACUGGAAUCAGACUUUCUAAGUCAAAGCUUGAUGAUGAUUUGAAACCAGAACAAGAUGGUGUUGUUACCUAUGACAUAUUCAACCAUCGACUUUGGUAUCUCAAUAGAAAAGAUAAGGAGCUCUACUCUUUCAUCUGUCCUAACUUCAAGAGAGUUGUCAAAGAAGAGUCUGAGUUUUAAGUUUCUUACCUUAAGAGAAGAAUAAAUGCUAUUAGAAACAAAGACCUCCCAGCCACUAAAUCAGUAAAGGAAAGGUAGAUGGACAAUGUAUUGUCUGCUCUGGGUAUCCAAUAAAUCAAAAGCGUUAUAAGAGAUGAAGCUGAGAAGCCAAUUGACAUGGCCUCAGUAGACGAGAACAAGUUCCUCAUAAUGAGUUUAUUAGCUGACUCAUCAAACAAUCUUGAAAGAGAAAGACCUUAGAUCAAGUGGAACCCCAAGAAAUACGAGGAGGCCACACAGAGACUUCUAACUCAAUUCAAGAGUCCUUUCUGUACUAAUUUAACUCCAUACUUCUUUAUGAAACUAAGUGAACUUCUUGAAUCCUUUAUUUCUUUAAUCGACCAACCUAAAACUACUAAGACUCUAGAGCAAUAAUACUCCUUCUACUUUACUCUCAAAGUGCUUAAGAGCAACUUAAUUUCCUUGACAAUUUGUGAGAUCGACCUAAAAGAUAUUAUUCAAGAUGAGAGUGUUUACAAUAACUUCUACAUGCAGUUCAAGAACACUGUUGUAAAGAUCAUUGAGAAGGGCUUUAACAAAGAAUUCCAAUCUCCUGAGAUUCAGCUUCUCUGGAAAGAAAUCUAUGACGAAUGUCUACUUUCAAUGUCAAUGGGUCUUGGUAUGAUCUACAACUCUUUCCAAGAGAUCAAUAGUAUUCUCAAGCAGUCCUUAGCUGAUCUUACCAAUAGCAAAAACAAGGAAUACGCUUUACUAGUCAUCACUAACUUUGCUAGACAUGAAACUAUUAGAAAAUUGAUCAACAGUGAACAAAACCUUAAUGAGUUGUUCACUCUGUUCAAUGAUAUCAUGAAGAUCUAAUGUGAUCAAGCCUUAAAUGCCAUUGAGAGCACUCAAUUCCCAAAUCAAUAUCAUGAUUUGACUAAAUCUGAGUUGCAGCAAGCUGUGUACUAAUUCAUUUACAGAUUCUGUGAAAAAUUCUUGGUGUUCUACACUGAAUAUAAGGAUCAGCAACUUUAAUAAAAGAAAUAUAUGGAGAAGUUCAUGAUCAGACUCCUUGACUUGCUUACUCAGCAAUGCUCAAAGAUCACAUCAGCACUAUAAGAAUUAUUGGUGAGAUUCUACAAGCACUUGAAAUCAGAGCAAAAUCAAGAAACAAGCAAGCAUCAAGAGGUCCUUUGCAAACAGUACUGCCAAAAGAUCCUAUCAGAGGUUACCAAUGUGUACUCUCUUUUAUCACUUUAUGUCAGCACUUUCUCCACAAUGGAAGUAGACAUCGCUGUUAUGUCGCCUGUGUCAAACUCAAUCAUCACCUUAAUUGAUGUACUCUGUGGAUUCUUUACUGAGAUCAAGGGUAUUGAAAAGACCAUGGAUAAGGUUCUCAAACCAACAUUCGUUGUUGAAUCAAGCCACCCCUAUGUUUAUUAAAUCAGAGACCCAGUAGUAGUUCAAUGCAAAGGAGCAGAGUCAUUUAGACUUAACUACUCAUCAUCUUCUUAAUUCCCUCCAAUGGAUUUCCUAAAAGCCAUUAGAGCUGUCAACCCCUAAUAAAACCUAGACCUCUAUAGAAUUUCAAGUGAAACAACUACUUAUGCAGGUCAAAUUAUGGAAUCAAAGGACGAGUUGAGAAUUGAAUUCGAAUACAACGAUAUCAAGAAGCUAAAGCUAGAGUAUUUAGUAGGACACCCAGUUCCAGAAUGUUAUGGCUAUAAGAUUGAAAUCACUCCUUUGUUCGGAUCAGAGCUACUCUCCUUGAACGACUAUUUAGAUCAGAUACUCAGAUCAUGUUCCUGGCUAAUAGGCAGAUUCUCCUACAGUCUCAUUAGAAUUAGAAAAGUUGAGAAGGAAACUGACGAGGAGAAGAACUAUAAGCUUCUUUUGCACAGUAAAAUCUUUUCAGGUGGUUUUGAGAACAGAUUCUUGCACCUAUUCUCUAAGAGGACAAUUAAGAAGCUCUAAGAGCUGUCAGACAUCACAGAGGAUUAGGCACUUUUGAAGUUCUUUGCUGAAAGAGAGAGCAAUAACCACUAAAUAAUAGAUGAGAAGAAGUAUCUUACUCCAGAGGAUAGUACAUUGUUCUCAAUCUUGCACGAUAGAAGAGAUCCUAAAGUAGACUAAUUCCUGGAAUUACUGCAGAGAAGCUUUGCAAAGACUGUGAUUUGGGGUAAUGUCGGUGGAAUGACUGGAGAAAGAAUGGUCAGAGCCUCUUUCGGGCCUAUGAUUAAAUUCUCAAAUUUAACUGCAGAUUUCAUGUCACUAGUUGAAGAGUACUAGAUUGAGCUUGAGGUCAACAAUGACAUUGAGGAUAAGAAAGAAAAAGAAGCCAAAAUCAUAUCGCAAUUGAAGCAAAACCGCAACUACGACUAGAUAAACAAGAGAUGGGCAGUUGCUAGUAGAAUGAGAACUUUUUACCAAGAAAUAAAGAAGUCAAUUAGCGAGGCUAUUGAGAAGAAAAAGUAGAAGCUGCUUCUGACAAGAAACCAAAGCUCUUAACAAGAAGAGGAGAAAGAAGUCACAAUGAUUGACACAACAUCUAUUUCAAACUUAGACGCAGAUGACCUGUCACUUGAGAAGACUUAAAGCAUGUUGGACUUCGACAAGGUUGAGAGAGAUAUUGAGCAGAUUACCCAGAGAAUAAUAGAAAAGUCUGAAUUCUUACUUAGAUUAACUAUCCCAGAAAUUUGGGAACAAAGUAACUAAGGCUAGGGGGAUAAUGAUGUGCUGUUGAUGAGAACAACUUCGGAGAUAGCUGAUUAAAAGCACAAGUUGAUGGAAGAUAACAGUGGUAAAGAUCAGCCAGAAGGUAGUGAAGUAGCUGAGGAUGAGUAACAAAAGCAGUCUAAGAUACAAUAGCCAAAGAAUAACAAAGAAUGGAAAAAGAAGCUGCAUCAGUGGAGAAUGAUGCAACAAAGCAAGGGAGUCAUUAAGUCAAUGGAAAAUGUUGGAUCUGGUAAGAUAUUCGACUCACUCAGUGGAAGUGUCCUAGCCACACUUUAAUCUGCCAUAUCUUUAAAAAGACUCAAGAAACAAGUAGAAUCUGUAUACUUAAACGCAUCUCAAAGAGUAGCUGGUUUGAAAUUGCUAGGCAAGCUAAUGAACAAAGACUUGCCCCAUUUAUUCGACUUGAUAAAUUGGUUCUGUUCAUCGCUUAGAGGUAAUUCCAAUCACCUAGUCCACUACCUCGAUGAAAUCAGAGGGUGUGGCAAACUCCUGGAACAGCAAGCAAGAACCAACUUCUUCCUAAUCGUUAGUGGCCUUCAGAAGAAGCUAGUCAAAUCCAAGGAUGAAACCGAGAUCAGACAGAUUUUGAAUGCCCUUAAAUGGGACUACAGUGCCAAUGACCACAAGCAACUCAACGAACUGAAGGUCUUCAAAAUCCUCAGAGACGGGAACAAAGAGUCCGACAAAAUCAAGAACCUUUGGGGGUCCAACUUCAAGUACGAGUUCUUGUUCAAGGAACCCCCUGCAAACGGAGUUGCUAAGACCAAAGAAUAAGAGAGGAAAGACGAUUUCAAGUUGCUUAAUCAGAUUGACCUAAGUAAAGAAGUCCUUGAUCUUUUUGAGUUCGUCCUCGUCACAAGUCUUGGUAAAUCACUCAAGCCUCAAGAUGGUUCUGAUAAGAUCAAGCUUAAAGAGACUAACAAGUAGCAGUUGAUGCCAAGUCUAGAGAGAAUCGAGUCAGUCGUAGAUGUUGACGCUACUCUGCAAUUACUAAGCCAAGCCUAUGAGAUUCUGUUCAAGGAGCUGCAAAACUUUGUCGAAUUCUCACAGAGAUUCGAAGGCAUCAACUGGAAGAUCUUUGUAAGAUUGAUGAAUAGAUUCAAGAAAACUGGAGCUUACUUCAAAAAGGAUUUAGAUGGAUUCGGUGAUAUCAUAGCUGCUGCAGCGAGUGUUGCUCCUGUUGUAGAUGGCUCUAAUGAAUAUGAUCAAGAAGACUAUGGAAAUGACUAUGGUGAUAAUUACGAAGGAGGAGAAAAGGAAAAUGGAUUUGUAGAUAUCGAACUUGAACAGGCUUAACAAGAGAAGGGCAAGGAGGAAAUCGAGCUCGGAAAAUUCAAGGAAUUCUACAAUAUCAUCUUCACUCACAGACUAUUGCAAAUGAUCAACUUAAUUUCAUCUGUAUCCACCAAUAGCGCAUACGCUUCACAUAUUCUCUUCAAUAUUUCUCACCCUUAGAGAAUAGGCACUUUAAUUGGUAUCUUGUGCAACGGUACUCCUAUCCUUAAGAUCCUAGUUAUCAAAAUUCUUGAGCAUUUAAUUAAUAUUUUGCCUCCUGAACUAUUCGAGGAGAGUGUUAAAAUCAUGACUACGGGCUAAAAUGCCAAUACAUACUAGUCCCAAUUACUUGAAAAGAUCAAGACUAGAUCUCACCUCGGAAAGCAAAAUUCCUUCACCCGACUUCUUUUCAAUUAUCUAAUAGCAAUCAGAAAUAAGAUCUGGGCAAGGAAAUUUGAGUCUCAAGGAAUGUAUGGCGUCUCAAAUGCCAUUGUAAACCUUCUAAGAAAGAUGCUAGAGAAUUCAGUUUGGAGACAUUUACAUGAGGAUGAGCUGAAGGACUCAAUUAAUCAGAUUAUGGUCUUGAAUUUUGAGGAGAAAGACGCCAUUCUAAGUCUUUUUGGAGGAGAACUUCAAGGACUCACUACUGGCAUCAUCGCUUAAGAUAAAAACGAAAACAAAGUAGCACUACUUGGAUUUGCUGACUAAUGGAUUGAAGACUAAGAUGAUCAAGCCAAGAAAAAUCUAAAAGUGCCAAGGACCACUAUGAACUUUGAAAACAAAACCAACAAAGCUAUAGGCCUAUUUAUCAACGAGACCUCUCAAGAUAACAAUGAAGUGUUAAUUCUAGAUCCUUAGGAAUUAGUGUUCAUUGAGGGUACCAACAGAAGAACCAAUCAACUGCCAAUUAAAGAUCUGCUGAUGGAAAAGGAUAUCAUGCUUAAGUUACUUUAAGAAGGAAUCAUCAAUCUUUCAAAGGAAAAAUCGUAGAAAAUGACAGUUGAAGAACUCAACUUCAAGAUCCUUAUCACCAAGAUCAUCUUCAACUUGAUCCAUGAGAGAGAAGAGCAAUUCAUUGACUUCCUUAAACAACCACAAAUGCAAAAUGUAUUCACUGAGUUCUUGAACUUGCUCUUCUAGGAGUCUUGUAAAAUCCUCAAAACUCCGAUUACACUUCAACUUGACUGGGUUGAGCAGAAAUGCUUUGAAAUUAGAAGAGCUGCUUGCGAAUCCAAGAUUACUCUUAUCAAACUCAAAGAACUAUCAGCCCAAGUGAUCAUUGACAAGGUGUUCUUCAGCUACAACUCACAAAAGAUCUAGAAGGAGUAUUUGGACUAUGAUCUGAUUGGUGCAAUCAAUUUCGAGAACAUAGUAGAUAUGCAAAUGAGAGUCGGCUUCUUCAAUACAGAUGAUAGAGUGAAGACUCCAGAGUUUAUGGUGAUCUCAAGCACUGAUCUUUACACUGAACUGGGAAUAAAGAGACUAUCAGAAUGUGAAGUUAUAUUGUCUUGUGAUUUGAACCUUGAAGAGUAUCUAGUCUUCUUAGAGAGACAGGAAAGAAAAGUCAAGGGCAUAACUGAGAAGCCAAUCAUACUGAUCGACAAAGAGGAUUUCGAUGAUGUUCAGCAGAAGUUCUUGAUUGAUAAAAUCCAUCACAAUGUAGUCGAAGUUGUUGAGGAUUUAGACGACUCUCAGAAGGAACAAGCAGAGUUUGCUAGACAGGCAAAGAUCAUUUCUGAGUAUGUUGGCUUAGACUAUGAGAAAGUUCUUAAGAUGGUGAAAACUGUUGAUUCAGAUUUCUCACUUACAAGCAAACUGAACGGUUUAAUCAAGGAAGAGCAAAAGAGAAUUGAAGAAGAAAAGAAGAAAAAGCUAGAAGAGGAAGAAGCUAAGAAGCUCAAGAAGGAGAAUCAGGAAGAAGAGAAAAAACUGGAAGAGAUCCCAGAGGAUUUGCUAAAUCAAGUUGAAUUUGAGGAAGAGCAAAGCGAAGUAAAGAAGGUGAAUAUCAAAGUCUAGUUGACUGAAGAGUAACUGAAGAAAAAAUAAAAACUGAAAGAGCAAAAGGAAAGAGAAGAGAUGAUCUCUUACGUGAUGGAUUUGGUGUAAGAGGAUACCAGUGCAGCCAUGAAGUUUGAACUCAAAGAGAGAAAGAAGUUAGAGCAAUAAACUGCUGAGGCUCUGUUUAAGUCAGUUAAAGGCUUCACAGAGGCAACUGCAUACUCAGAGUACUAGCAAUCUUUGGAUUUGCUGUUCACACUCUACUCUCGUAGGAUACUCCAAAAGAUAUUGACCAUUAAGUUUGAAGAGUCACUCUCACUGAUGCUCAAUAGCAAGGAAAGAAAGUUGCAGUUCAAAUAGUUCCUUAAGAUCAUCAGCAAUGAAGCUAUAUUUGUGCAGUUCAAUACAAGAAACAAAAAACUGUUCAAAAAGAUUAAUGAGCUAAUGAAGAGAAUCGUUAUCAAAUGCAAGGGCGACGCAGAUUACAAGCAAUUCAUUGAUGAGCUAUUCCAAGAGGACGUAAUCAAAGCUUCUAAAGAACUAAUAAAACACCUUAAGAACGAGAAACUCAGAAGUAUCAGAGUCCAAUUCAGCUCAGAAGACAAGGCUACAAAAUACUCAAAUCCCUACUUUGUGCUUUCAGUAUCAAAGAUCUAUUUGGAAUAGUGCCCCGAUGACCUCUUAAAGGAAGAUGUACUCUAGACACUUAUUGAGUAAUUCCUCACUCUCGCCUACAUGUUUAACAAGGACCCAGAACUCAAAGUAAAGAUCAACGAGUUCAUCUUGAACAUUCUGGAGGCAGUUCAAAAGAACUACAGCAAGUUGUCAUUCAAACUAAAGGAGCAGUUGCAACAAAUGUGGAUGUUCAAGAACAUAGUAGAGAAGUAUACCUUCAAUACCAUUUCAAAUGAGAGUGUAUACCCCAGACAUCACCUUCUAUUGCUUGAAAUCCUUAUGAAGCUACUCCAACUUAAGAAACUGUCCAAGAAGGAAGUGCACUCUAUCUACAGCAAAACUGAAGUCAUUUUGUAAAUUCAGAGAGCCAAGGAUGUUUUGAAGGAAACUAACUAGUACAAGUUACUGAUGUACUUGAUUCAUUACAACAAACUCUCAGUUGAGCAGAGGACCAUCAAGAGAUCAUUUGAGUCAGGACACAACAUCUUCAAUACCAAGUUCACAGCUCAGUUCAGAAUUGAUGAAAUCGAAAAGAUGACUCUGAUGUUUGACGAGCUCACUGAGAUUGAACCAGAUACUGCUGUGGCUAUAUCAAGAGACUACGAAGGCUAAGAAAUAUUGCAAGUUCUGUUUGCUGAUGAAAUAGCCAGAAAGAGUAUUGAUAUCUAUGAUGAAAACGUCUAUGUUCAUUACCCUUGCAGACCUUCAACCAUAUUCGCUUUUGGAGAUUGCUACAAUGGUAAACUCGGUAUUGACAUGGCUUAAGGUCAGUUUGAAAAUCCAACCAUCAUAAAGAAGGUUCUUGCUAAAGUAAAGGAUAUCUAGUCCUUCAACAAUGCUAUUGUGAUAUAAUUAGAGGAUGGAUCACUUUACAGGGGUGGAUACAAAGAAUACUGGAAUGCAGCUGACAAGCAUUAGAUUAAGAAGUGGGACAAGAAAGCUCAGUCUUUCAGUCUUGGAGUUAGACACACUAUGAUUGUAAAUGAAAAAGGCUAAAUUCAAGGAGAAGGAGUGUCAAAUGCAGGAGGAAUGGGAACUGAAGUCUAUGAAAACAAGUCCUGGAUCAACAUCAAGAUUCCAACUAAGGACAAGGUAGUAUCGCUCAGCUGCAGUUACGACUAUAGUUUUGCUAUCACUGAGAAGGGUCAUCUCUACUGCGCUGGAAGCAACAUGCUAAGCAAGUUUAACAUCACCAACUUCAACAAGUUUGAAAAGAUUGAUCUUGGCUAGUCAGUUAAAGCUGAAAAAAUAGUCAGUGGCUAUAGUGUCAUGGCUCUAUUGCUAGUUAAGAACAAUGGCGUCAAUGAACUUUGGAGUGCAGGCUAUAACAGCAAGGGUGCUCUAGGAAGUGGAGAGAAUGUGCAAAAUAAGUCAGUCUUCAGUAGACUUGCCUAUGAUGCUAACACAAUCAAGUUCGUAGAUAUGGACAUCUAUAUUGAUCAUGCUGCUGCUCUCACUGAGGAGGGAGAACUUUAUCAAUGGGGUUUCAACGCAUUUGGAAGAUGUGGUAUCAGAGACAGAGAUAAGAAUGUAUUCCCACCACAGUUCUGGGAACCAAAGAAGGUUGAGUUCUUCAACGACUACAUUGUAAAGCAAGUAGCUGUUGGUUCAUGCCACACUAUGGUAAUUGCUGCAACUAAGAAGGAACCCACUAAGAAUAAGGUAUUUGCAUACGGAAGAGAAGAUACCAAUGGACAUCACUUGGCAUGUUCAAAUCAGGAGGCCUAGAAAGAAGAUGACUUCAUUAAGCAUUUGAAGAGAUUUGACCAUCUUAAAGUGUAUAAAGUUGAAGCAGGAGGCAAGUGCUCAUUCGUUUGUUGUGAAGGAGAGGAAGAUCUUUUGUCUAAUAGAUACAAUCACAAAUAUGCAGUGUGCAUUAUUUGCCAGCAAACUCCAGUUGAAGGACCACUUCACUUUACAGUUCAAGGCGAGAAGAGACAGUUCACUUACUAUUGCAAGAAUUGCGUUGCCGAUCCAGAAAACCAAGACAUUCUUCCAAGAGUCUGCUAUGCUAUCAAAGCUCAAAUUCAAGAUAUAGAAUCAAAGGAUUGGUAAGACCUCAAUCAGCUUGAAGAAAAUAUUGAAGAGGGAGGCAAAGAGUUCACAUGCGACUUCAGCAAGUCAAGAAUUAAUUCAGACAAGACUCCAUGGUAUAUCAGCUUUACCAAGAUCACAGAGUCAAUAGAUGAGUUCAAUCUCUCAGAAGAGUCUUACUUCCAAGCUAACUCAAAUGACAUUAAUCCAAUCAUUUACCUGAGAAUAGCUUAAGGCUACAAGCCAAAACAUCUUGAAAAGUUCCCAACAUUUGAACUUAAGAACUACUAUCCAACCUAGGACUACUACGGUCUGAGAUUCACUCUGAGUCCAGACUUCCAAUACACUAUCAACCAAAACAUCUUGCAGGAGACUCAGGAGCAGUACUAAUCCUACAACGAGGAAAUGAAGAAAUUCGACCCUAAACUUGACGAGGACUUGUACAAGUUCGUUGAGGACUACUGCUAUCAAAACAGAGAGGUGCUUAUCAAGGAUAUCAAUCCUAUGCUUAUUGAAAUUGAUGAAAGAAGAUUUGGAGAUAAACUUAAGAAAAUUGCUGACCAACUCAAGAGAAAGAGACUUUAAAUCCUUCUCGAUUUCAACAAAUAUGCUUCACAGUUGGUUCCAUUCAUCGAUUAUAACACCAAACUGACUCUGGAAGCUUCAGCCAGACUCAACGCCUACUUUAUGAAAGCUAAGGAAUUCAUUAUGUAUCAGGUCAAGUACAAGUACUAAGCAGCCUAUGUAAACAACCUUGAGACAUCUACUGAGAAGAAAGAUAUCAAUAUCAACAGACUCAGAGCUCUGAGAUUCUUCGAUAGUGGAAAAUGUGACCACACUGGAGAGUACACUGUCUUCGGUCAGUGCUUUAAAUACCUCUAAGCCAGAAAAUACGCUCCAAUGAUGGUUAACAACUCUACUGACAGAGCUUGGAACUCCAAAUUCAUCGGAGAAGGAAGUAUUGAUGUCGGUGGACCUUACAGAGAGACCUUCUUCGAAAUGUGCAGAGAACUCUAAUCUCAUGCCCUUCCACUUCUGCUCCCAACUAGCAAUCAAAAGAACGAUUUUGGAGAGCACAGAGACAAAUGGAUUCCAAGUCCAUCAGCAUCCUCACCUUCUCACAUCUCUAUGUUCGAGUUCAUGGGCGCUUUAAUAGGAAUGAGUAUCAGAUGUUCUCAGAUCUUAAAUCUGAACUUCCCUUCUAUCUUCUGGAAGAAACUGAUUGAUGAGCCACUUGACAGAUCAGAUCUUAACAUGAUUGACUCUUAUUGCCUUCAGAUGCUAGACGGCAUUAAGAAUCUGGCCCAAACACUUCCAGAAAGAGAAUUCCAAGAGUACCAUGAUCAGAAGUUUGUUACUUGCCUUAGUGACGGCACUGAAAUCGAGCUAGUUCCAGGCGGCAAGAACAAGAUCCUAACCAAAGAUAAUGCUAACGACUAUGUGUAAAUGGUGAUGGAGGCCAGACUGAAUGAAUUCGACAAGCAAAUGAAAGCCAUUAAGCAGGGUAUUGGAAUGGUAUUCCCUCCGUUCCUGAACAAGCUCUACACUUGGAAAGAACUGGAGUAUAAGGUCUGCGGUAAGCCAUCAAUUGAUCUUCAUCACUUGAGAGCAAUCACUAAGUACUCUGGAUGUGCUGAGGAUGACGAGACAUGCAAGCGAUUCUGGAGAGUGCUUGAGAGUUUCUCUGAUGAAGAGAAGAGCCUUUACCUAAAAUUCGUAUGGGGCAGAAGCAGACUACCUCUAGUCGAUGAGAAGUUCGGAGACAAACACACCAUUAAGCUGAUCUAACCAGCCAAUUGCGAUCAGUCAUUGCCUAUUGCUCAUACUUGCUUCUUCGCUAUUGAUGUUCCCAAGUAUUCUACAGAAGAGAUUAUGAGAGAAAAGUUCUUGUAUGCAAUCAAGUUCUGCUAGGCUAUUGAUACAGACGGAAGUCCUUAUGAGAUUUUAGGAGAGCAAUCAGAUGAAGAUUUCUGA